CAUUGUUGCUGUUUUUAUGGAUCAAAUAGUUUACUUAGUUAUGGCUGCCUACAGUGGUAGCACAUGGUUAAUUUUACAGAACUAAGUAGUAAAUAUAUUGUGAGUAAUCAAUACAGUUUUCAAUAUUUUUGUACGUAAUUUUUAUCAAUUUUAACAGUAUCGUUAAGCAUACAAGUAUUUACUUGGUAAAUUUGUUGACAGUGUAUAAGAACAAGAUUCAAAAUGACCACCUCUCUUGCGCAACAACUGAAGAAACUUAAAACACCGCAGACUAAUAUAUUGCUGCAGGACAAGAAGCGACCUAGCUUGUUAUUUGAUCCAAAGGAAGCUGCCAAUUUAGAUAGAGAAACAGUUCUAAACAUAGGUCAAAAUGGACUACAGGAAUUAGCUAAGCUAUCAGAUUUAUUUUUGGAGUUUGAAAGAACACUUUUCGCACAAAGCUCUCUAAACCUUGAACGUUCUGUACAAGAUGUUAAAGUUAAUAAGAAACUAGAUGGAGAAAUUGAAAGAUUUCUUAUUCUCUUGUCUCCAUAUUUUCUACUCAAUCAUGCUCACAAAGCACUUGAAUGGUUGAUACAUAGAUUCCGUAUACAUGACUUCAAUAAAGAUCAAUUUCUAUUAUUAAUAUUACCUUAUCAUGAAACUCGGAUGUUUGUAAAAGCAUUACAGUUGUUAAAUCUAUCAGAUACAGCUGAUAAAUGGCAUUGGUUGGAACCUCUUCAAAAGCCUGGUGUUCCUCUAGCUUCUAUAACAUUGAUUAAUAGGCUUAGCUCGGAUAAUGGUUUUUUGAAACUUAUUUGCAGUCAUGUUGUGAAUGCUACAAGAGUAUAUUCAGAGAGAGCAACAUAUCUAAGCACUUUAUAUGCUUUUUAUACUACAUCUGUAUUAGGGACUAUUCAUCAAUUAUCUACAAUGUCUGAAGUUCAGAUAGGUCAUAUAUUACCAACCAUUCUAAAAGGCUUAGAAAGUUCUAUUGCUGAUUUUGCAGCUAGUACUUAUAUGAUUUUAUCAAUGUUAAUGAGCAAAAUGAAAUUGAACAAUGAAACUACUGAAAAGUUACACUUGAAGAUAUUUAAGAAAACACAUUUGAAAGAAGAAGCGUUGAUUUUGUUAUUUUUCAUGUACAACACACCAGUUAAUCAACUCACAACAGUGUCAAAAAGUCUUGCAACUCGAUUAUCAGAGCUUUCUUGGUUUCUUCCACUGGCAGUAAAGCUUCAAUCGUCUAAUAUAAAUAUAUUAAAAUUCAUUGUACUUUUGGUGCAAACUAGUUGUAGUUUGAUUAUGGAGAAUCCAUUAGGAACAUCACGAGUUCAAAAUAUGGUCAGUGAAAUUCUAACGCAAGUAAAGUUGGAUGAUAAUGGAGUAGACAACAUCUUGUGCACUGUCUUGGAAAAAAAAUUUCUUGUGAGUAACACAUUAAGUGCAGCUGAGGACUUCUUAAUACGUUUAUGUCAAUGUCUCGAAAAGAUAUAUCCUGAGAGAUUUGACGAUUAUUUAAAGCGUCUAAUGAAACACAGCGAUAAGGAUAAAGAUUCUAAGCUGGUAUUGCAGUUUUUAACAUCAUGGCAUUUCGGUUCCAGAGAUACAAAAGAUUCCAUAGGAAUACUUGACAGAUUAAUUCAUAUUAGUCCAGAACAAAGGAUCAUGGCACUAGAAACUCUGGCAAAGGACAAUGUGAAUAUUCCAGAAAGUUUUCAGGAUAUGAUGACAAAUACAUUACAAGCUAGAUUCAGUGACAGCGAGGUGAAUGUAAUUAAAACUUUGCUAUCUCUACCCACAAAACGUUUAACAAGUUUUAUCCCUGUUGACAUAUUGAUUGAAGAAUUGAAAGUAUUACUUUCAACCUGUCAUAGCAAUAACAGGAAAAUAUUAGCAAAUCCAGCUCUUAAAAUCCUUUUGGAGCUUUGUGAAAUUGGAGAUGAUACUAGCGUUUUUAUUACGGCACUACCGUAUUUGUUUCCAAAUGACGACGCUGAUGUAGUUAUCGCUAUGGAAGUGCUGAAGUCAAAUUUUGCUAAAAAGAAUGCUUAUAUGCAGUGUGUUCAGAAGGAUUUAAGUAAAUCGCCUAAUGCAGAGGCAAUAACUUCAGCAGCUUUCCACAACAUAUUAAACUGGGAACUAUUACCUUCACCUGAUAGUAUAUUGCGUGCUAUGAAGCAACAAAUUGCCCAUGGUGAUGCAGGAUCCAUGUUUUUUAAACUAAUUCUUUUGGGCUCUGUAUGCAGAGUACCGGUUGGAGCUCUAAAACCUGAAAUAGCCUGGGAAGUCAUUGAAAUGGCCACAGAGAUAAUAAAAAAGUUUCCACAAGUCAAAAUGAUACAAAAUUGCAACAACAUAACAGGACACAAUAUUCAAACUGCUAUUGAAUUGACGUCACAAGGAGUUCUGCCACUCCAAGUGGGUACAUAUGUUUUAGAAAUGGUUCAUAGACGUUUAGACUUGAAGAUAAACUUUAAGUUCGAUUUUGAAAACAAUUUGCAUCAAAGUAAUUUGAUCUUAAGACUUCUUGAAAUGUUUUUCGAGGGAAUAAACAACAAACGAUGGUGUAAACAUUAUUCACGAUGUUUGCAAAUAUUCUUCCAAAGACACUUUAGCACUGUGAAAGAUCUUCUUCAAUUUCUGUCUCAAUUAUAUAUAAAACCAGUCAAAGUGCAAACAUCAUUUCACUGUUUGAAAAUAACGCUAGUGCUUCUGGAUCAGUGUAAAUCCAUGCAAUGGGUAUAUGAAGAUAAAAUUUUUGUAACCAAUUUGUUACUUUCACUUGCUAGAGAAAAUAAUGAAUGUAGAAUAGCUGCGAUAGACGUUCUUAAAAAGCUUAUGCAGACCUUCAAUUUUUCAAUGGGACCAUUCUCAGCCUUACUACAAGAAUUAAAUAAACGAAGUUCAGAAAUAUCCAUUGAUCCUGAUCAAUUGUCUCUGUCUCUCUAUGUAUUACUCUCACCAGAUCCAGAUGUGUGUGGACAAUUAAAAUCUGAUUUGCGAAAAAAGCUUCAACAAGCACAGCAGUUAUUAUUUGAUUUAAUUAUGGAUUCUGAGACUCCUAUGCACAUCAAAUCACAAUUAUUGGACAUUUUGGUUCAUGUAAAUGGGCCGUCAAUACUAGAGCAACUAUCUCCUCUUGGACUUCAAAUUUUGCAGACCUUAAAUAUUGAAUCUAAGAACACCUCUGCUGGAAAUUUACUUAAGAAUAUUCUUCAGAGAUUCAGUAGUACAACGGCAAAAGCUCUCACAACACAAAAAGUCUGGCAAUUAUUCGAGGCUAGUAUAGUUAACUAUGAAGCUGAAGUGAUUACAGAAAGUGGAAUGCAGCAAUCACCGAGCGUUAUUCUCUUGAAAGAAAUAGAAAAGACGUUCUUUGAAAGUGCUGGAAAAGUGUCACCUGAACUUCAAAACAAAAUUUUAGCAAAAUUGGUGGAUGUAGUCUCUGAAUGUGAUAUGAGUAAUAUUAUUUCUACAGCUAGCAAGGCUAUCAGGAGAAUUCAAGUGAAUGCCCAAUUAAUAGUUAAUGAAUUACGAAAAAUGAGGAACCUUAAAGAUGAACACCUAAAUGAUACCAAAGCAAAGACUAAGAAACGAUUAAGUUAUAUUCACUCCAUUCCAAACCCAACUAUAAUUAACAGAAAGGAAUGGAAGCAUGGGGUUACACUCUUGGAAUUUGUACAAAGAGCAGAUAACAUUGAACAAGAAGAAUUACUUUACCCAAUUUUGUUUGAUUUACUGAAAACAUGUUUGAGCUUUGAAGAACAGAGUCCCAUAGAGUAUACUAAUCAACUGUUGCUGUCUACAAUUCAUAGACUGGCUGUAAAAAAGUUGCCUAUCAAGGAUGCUCAUCUCCAAGUCGACUUGAUAACACAAUGCAUCAGGACAUCAAGGAAUCCUCAAACCCAUCAUCACGCUUUAUUGGUCUUAGUGGAAUUAUUGAAAAUUGUCGAUAUCCGAAGUGCUCUUUACACUAUCAUGCCCAUAUUUACAUUCAUGGGUAGUUCUGUUGUCCGUCAAGAUGACGCUUAUUCAAUACAAAUUAUUUCAAAGACCAUCGAUACAGUGUUCCCCAUAAUAAACGCAGACGAGAAUGAGAUUCACGCCUGCGAGGUCUUGAGAACAUUUAUCGUUUCUCUGCCUGAUAUUCCUGAACACAGACGGACACCUUUGUUCGUGAAACUGUUGCAGUUAUUAGAUAAUCAUUUCCAUUUAUAUUAUCUACUUACUUUUGAAAGUCAUGUUAUGUCAAGAACAAUGCGUAUUACCAAUCAAAAGACGGCUGGUCAAAGGCUUGAGUUUGCUCUACAGGUAUCUCAAGAGUUUCCAUCUGCUAGACUUAUUCAAGUUUGUGUAAAGCUGGCACAGUUUAUGAAAGAAUUACCAAUCGAUAUAGAAGGAGAAGAAGAUCGAAAAGCUGCUAUGUCUUUCAAGCAUAAACAUAUCUUUGAUGUAGCAAACAGCAAUCCCAAACAUUUAAGACAUUACAAGUACACCUUAGUUCAGUUUUUAAGUAACUUGUUGUCAUCUCCUGACUUCAUUAAUCGGGUGGCCGAAUUAGAUUCCAGUAAAGUAAACAGUAUGAGACCUUAUUACGAUCAGUUGAUAGUAGAACUGAUUCUUUUGAUCCAGAGCACCUCGAGGAAUGCUGACAAACAUCAGGGUAAACCUAUUGGAAAAUAUUGGAAAGUUCUUUUACAUCACCUCUAUGAUGUGCUGGAUCUAGUCAACAAUUUACUACCGAAUGGAAUCUUCUUAGUUAGUGUAAAGCGUUUGAUGGAACAUGAAUUAUUAACGGUAAAUAGAAAAGCUUUAGAACUUUUGAACACUCGCCUCCAACAACGCAAAUUUGGAGAGGAAGAUCAUACUGAUUUACUAAGUCUCAUUGAGCCUCUUCUGAAGUUUAUUCAGGCUCGGGCUAGGUCUGAGACACAAGAACAGGAAAUCGUUCAACAAACUGUUUUAAUCACUUUAAAGUUACUAGCUAAGCUAUUAGCACCUGAAAAUCCAACAAUGUUCAAACCGAUUCUCGAGAUGACAACUGAGCUGCUGAAAACAAAAGAAGGACCGGUGUUAGGCAGUGCAGCGCUCUGCGUUGCAGAACUUUGCAGUUCCAUGCGCAUUCAUGCCAUACAUAGCUUGAAUAAAUUCGUUCCAUCAAUCUUACAGUUGUUGGAGAACCAUUGCCAUCAAGACGUGCCUGAUGUGAUAACAGUUAGCAUAGUCAGCGCGUUGCAGAAAAUAGUCGAAUCUGUAGGCAAUUUUCUAUCUCUUUAUCUGGAUCAAUUGCUGUUUGAACUGGCGAGGAUGAAUUCCUUGUAUACUGACACCGAGCAUCCAAAGAUUGGUAUAGUAGUAUCAAGGUUAAGAGCAACGACACAAAAAUUGUCCAGUUGUGUACCAUUGCGUGUAUUAUUGCCGGCAGUGAAUAGAACGUACAUUACAUUGUUCACAAAGAGAUCAUAUUACUGUAUACCAGCACUUAUGACUGUCCUAGCAGAAUCUUUCAAUAACGUUCAACCAGCUGAUUUACGUGCAGCUAUACCAGACUUAGGUACCUUCUUCUUGAAGGUUUUGCAAUUCCGUGAAGAUAUAUCUAAUUCUGCGGAUGAUAUGGAAGUAGACGAUGCAGAGUCGGUAUUGAAGGAUGUGGUAAUUGUAGAAGAAAGUACGAGUAAAGCACUGGUUGCAUUGGUUUUGAAAUUAAGUGAGGCUACCUUCAGACCUCUUUAUUACAAACUCUAUGAUUGGGCUGCUAGAAACCCACAGUAUAAGCAACGAAGUAUCACUUUCUACAGACUCUCAGCUAAUAUAGCGGACUGUUUAAAGUCGCUCUUUGUGCUCUUCGCUGGCCAUUUUCUCAAACACGCGGCAACAUCAUUGAGUAGUAACAAUCCAGCAAUCACGGAAGAACCUCAAGAAAUGACUCUACCGGAAGAAAAAAGCAAGAUUGAAUUGGUCGAGGCUAUUUUGUUGACCCUUUAUCGGGUCUUUAGUUACGAUGCCCAUAAUUUUGUAAAUCAAGAGAGAGUGGAAAUGUUGGCACAACCCAUCGUGGAUCAGCUGGAGAACACUAUGGGUGGUAGAGAGGAAUACGAGAAGAGGGCACGCGAACUUAUAGUGCCUUGCAUUGCAGCCUUCGCUAAUGCCAUUGCCGAUGACUCUUUACACAAACAACUGGUCUACCAAACAUUGCUAAAGACUAGACACGCAAAACCUUAUGUUCGAAGUGCCACAUUGAAUGCAAUAGUGGAGAUUGUAAGGAAGUUAGGAGAAGACUUCAUGCCGCUGUUACCGGAGACCAUACCUUUCUUAGCAGAGUUACUGGAAGAUGAGGAUGAAGCUACAGAGAAACACGCACAGAACGCCGUGCGCACACUCGAAGAAAUCCUAGGAGAACCAUUGCAGAAGUACUUCUGAACUAAUAUAGUAUUCGCAACUGUGUAUAUUUAAAUCGAAACCUUGCACACCAAUCUACAUUACACGAGAAUAUACGAUAAAAGGGAAAGAGACAGAGAUAUUAAGAAAACAUCCGUUUAUUCUUAACUUAGUCACAAUUUGGACGAAAUAUAGAAUAUAUUAUUUCCUUAUAUUAUAAUACAUUAUCGUAAAUGAGCGUGUGUGAGUGUAUGUGUGUGUGUGUAUGGUUGUGUGUAUGUCAAAUUAUGGCAGCACUAAAUAUAGGCGCCCGAGUUCUAACAUUGACAGCGAAUCUAUGCGACAACGAGCGCAUUCGUAUAUAGUCUUUUUUCGUGAGUGUCUCCCGUUUAUAAUUGCGUCACGUGUUUUUCUCGUAGGCGAGGAUCCUCUUUCCGCGAAGAACAUUUAAUCGCGAUGAUAAACACGAAUUUCAAAAAUCUGACUCUUUGACGGCCAUUUUCCUGUGACUUGAAACGUCCCAAACUGCAAGAGAAUGAUCGAGGCCUCCCGAGAUCAAUUUUUAAAGAUCAUUCCAGUAAAAAGCUGCAACGUAGGCUCCCUCGCUGACGUCUUUUGCUGGCACUGUGAACUUUUAAUUGUCAAGUCACAGGCGGAUCACACCGGUGGCAUCUCCGCCAAGUUGCGCAGAGCUACUUCCUCGCCUUGCUCUAUCGGUGGAACUUUCCUGCAAAACAAUUUUCCACGAUUAAUUUCGCAAUCGCGAUUAAUAGUUUUCGCUUCACUCUCUUUCACUCAAAUAAAAAUGAUGCACGUUUCUCAGAACUGGAGCGAUUAUACACGAUUUGUUUAACACAUUCGCUGACCGUGAACUUACGUUUUUUUUCAAAUAUAAAAACUCUCAAAACAUUUGAUUCUCUUAUUCUGUUCCAUUUGCGACUUCUUUAAUUGAAAGUUCUUCAUUUCACACGGCAGAUCGUUAUAAGACUAAUAUUCUAAAACGAGUUUUCCAAUGUUUUGUUUUAUUUUUCCUGUUUUAAUGUCACAAAUCUGCGGUAAUUAGUUUAGAGAUUUUCUUAAUUUUCACCGGCAAUAGUUGUUAGAAAAGCGAAAAGUUUCCCAGCCGCGAAUGCGUUAAUGAAGAGAACAGAGACUUCAAUGAAGAUAGUUUUCGAUCGUAAGAGGGAAGGAAUUGGAAUUGCGCUCGCGCAAGUGGAACGCGCACUUUACCCACCUUUUUCUGUACUGGAAGAUAAUGUAGACGAUGAUGGCAUUGCCAACAAACAGCAGCGCAAUUAGAACGGUCGGCAGUACAACAUCUGUAAAGUUUAAAGUAGAAGAGAUACGAUUAGCGAAUAUCUCACGGCACGCGCUGUUUUUUAGGGGCCGCGCGGUUAGCAGCCUCCAUCUUGGAGUACGCCUUCGAGCGUGGCACAGUGAACUUUAAACGGAGUCUGACUAAUCGGUCGAAGUUUGCCGUUAACGCGAUCAUUUCCGCGCCGAUUGCCCCUCAAUCGAGGGUAUGUCAAUUGUAAUU